AUCUGCCCCCCUUGGCCUCCCAAAGUGCUGGGAUUACAGGCGUGAGCCACCAUGCCGGGCCUAGUAAAGCUUUUUUUUAAAAUGUGGCUCUAGUAUUGCUAAAGACAUUGAUAUCCAAAAUGCAGUUUGAAUAAUUCUUUCAAAAAUAAAGUGAGACUUUUCAGGAAAAGUUUAUAUAUUCAGUACUAUAGGUAAUUUUUUUUUAAGAAGAAACUCUUUAUUUUCAGUGUUAUAAACAGAACUUCAUUUAUAGCGUAAUAAACAUACUUUCAAUUUCUUUACAACCUAAAGAAUAAGACCCCUGGGGCCGGGCGCGGUGGCUCAAGCCUGUAAUCCCAGCACUUUGGGAGGCCGAGGCGGGUGGAUCACGAGGUCAAGAGAUCGAGACCAUCCUGGUCAACAUGUGAAAAGUCCCAUGGCCUUGUUUCUCAUAGCUGGUAAAGAAGCACCAAAGAAUUCCCCGGCACUAACAAUCAAAGUUAUGCCCUCUGAGAUCUCACUGGGAUUCCUUACCCCAUCACCAUGUGCACCUUGGAAACUUUCCAAGCGCUGGAGACCUUCGAAGCCACAUAUGAUGACAUCGUGGUAGCAUCUUAUCCAAAGUGUGGUUCAAACUGGAUUCUCCACAUUGUCAGUGAAUUAAUAUUUGCUGUUUCUAAAAAGAAGUAUGAAUAUCCAGAAUUCCCAGUUCUUGAAUGUGGAGAUUCAGAAAAAUAUCAGAGAAUGGAAGACUUUCCAUCACCAAGGAUUUUGGCAACUCACCUCCACUAUGACAAAUUACCUGGAUCUAUCUUCAAGAAUAAAGCCAAGAUAUUGGUGAUAUUUCGAAACCCUAAAGACACAGCAGUAUCUUUUUUCCAUUUCCAUAACGAUGUCCCUGAUAUUCCAAGCUAUGGCUCUUGGGAUGAAUUCUUCAGACAGUUCAUGAAAGGACAAGUUUCUUGGGGAAGCUAUUUUGAUUUUGCAAUUAAUUGGAACAAACAUCUUGAUGAUGACAAUGUUAAGUUCAUAUUAUACGAAGACCUGAAAGAGCAUCUGGCUGCUGGAAUAAAACAGAUUGCGGAGUUCUUGGGAUUCUUUCUAACUGGGGAGCAAAUUCAAACUAUCUCAGUCCAGAGCACUUUCCAAGCAAUGCGAGCGAAAUCUCAGAACACACACGGUGCUGUCGGCCCAUUCCUUUUCCGCAAAGGUGAAGUUGGUGAUUGGAAAAAUGUGUUGAGUCAAACUCAGAGCCAGGAAAUGGAUGAAAAAUUCAAAGAGUGCUUAGCAGGCACUUCCCUAGGAGCAAAGUUGAAGUAUGAAUCAUAUUGCCAGGGUUGAUUCCAGUCAAUUCAGCAGGACUCAAUUGUUUUUCCUUAAUAAUAAUUAAGUUUAAAUAAUUGAAUGAAAAUUCAGUCAAAUAAUCAAAUAAUGUUAAUUAAAUAAUAUUGAAAUCUAAACAAUACAAAUUUAAUAAUAAUGAUAACAUCUGAAAUUUUUAAACACAAAUGUAAGUUUGUUCACUUUUUCAGGGAAGGGCAUUUUAGCUGUCCCAAAGGGACACUGUGAUUAAUGCAUCACACUGGAGUUUUAACUUAUUUCAUGCUCUAGGUUCACAUAAGAGGGUAAGCAGAUACUACCAGAGACACACCUAGAGCUGUGUUUGCCCAUAGAUGACAGAGGCCUGCAAAUGAUGCACAAUUUUCUAUACUUUCCUCAUAAUAUAACUCCUUUCUUACUAUGGAUAAAAGCACUUGAGGUGGCUAUCUCAGACUUACUGUUGGGAGAGAGUUAAUACCAACUCUGCAAUAAAUUCCAUUCUAAUUUGGUUCAAGAAAAAAUGCAUUGCUCGUCUACUCCAUGAAUGCCAUUGCAGUAGGCCUUAGGAAGGCUUCCUCUCAAGGGACUUUAUGUUUCUACUUAAUAUGAUCUUUCAUUCAAUUCAAAGCUAAAGGUAAGAGAUUUUGUUAUUCUACCAUAAAG